AUGUGCAUGCAGGAACAACUGGCCACGAUGCGGAUGGCGGGAGCAAUGCAAAAGAGCACGCAAGUGAUGAAGAGCAUGCAGAACCUGGUGAAGGUGCCCGAGAUUAUGAAAACGAUGCGUGAGAUGAGCGAAGAAAUGAUGAAACUCGGCAUCAUCGAGGAGAUGAUUGAAGACACGAUGGACGCCAUGGAUGAGCCCGAUAUGGAGGAGAGAGCACAGGAGGAAGUCGACCGAAUCCUUUGGGAAGUAACAGCCGGCGAGCUGGGCAAGGCUCCAUCAGCGGUGAAGGGCGGUCUGGAGAUGGAGGGAACGACAGCCGACUCUGAGAUGGAAAGGAUGCGAGAACGACUCGCCGAGCUCAAGGAU